GUCUGCUACUACCUCUCGAAUGAGGAGGGGAGCUGGGAGUGGAGCCAGGAGUGGUGCUCCUCACACGGGGCCUCGCUGGCUGUGCUCCAGAGGGAGUGGGAAAUGGAGUUUCUCUUGCGCCUCAAGGGCAACACUGAUGUCUGGCUUGGGCUGCGGAGACAAGGCGAGCGCCUGGAGUGGGUGGAUGGCAGCAGCUUCAACCAGAGGAUCCCGGUGCAGGGCCAAGAACCGUGUUUGUUCCUGAAGGACCAUGAUCUCUGGAGUUCAAGCUGCUCAAAGCAACGGCCUUAUGUGUGCAGCAAGGCCUCAGUUCUGAUGGGAACCACGUGAGGGAGCUGGUGGAGAAAGGUCCUUCCCGGUGCUGGGGACUGUUGGGUUUACGUGGCAAGGGUUUGGUAGUGGGGGGCUUCUCUGAGGAGAUGCCAGGAGCUGCCCCCGUGUUGGAUGGAGUCACUUCCAGCUGGCUCCAGGACGCACUCACUGCUGGCCAAGGCUGAGCCCAUCAUUGACGAUGGCAGUGCCUCUGGGACAAGAUAUUUAAGAAGGGGAAAAGCCCUGCUCCUCAGAGCACAUUCCUUCCAGCCCUUCACCAGCUGGCUUGCCCUCCUCUGGACAUGUUCAAGGACCUUCACAUCCUUCUCAAAUGGUGGGGCCCAGCUCUGCCCAUGCUGCUGACUCCCGUUGAGCCUGCUGCCGACCAGCACCCUGUAAACUCAACCACUCCAUGAAUGCUGUGGCCAAGGCAGCCACCAGCCAUCCUGUGAAUGGAGAAGGACUCGUGGGAGAUCAUUACCUGGCUGCUCUGAUGCUGGGAUAACGGGGCCAGUAGCCUGGCAUUGGAA